UUUUAUAAAAACGGAGUGGCGCUAAAUUGCAUCGUGUCAGAGAAACAUGGCUGCCGACGAAGAAAACGUGACUGGUAAAGGCGACAAUAUUGCUGAUCAAACCGAUUCAGAAGUUCCAGUUACACAAUCCUUUUCUAUUGAAGUGUUACAGUUAAUCAAAGAGGCUCAACAACAACAUGGUUUACGUCAUGGAGAUCAUCAACGUUACAGGUCUUAUUGUUCAAGGAAAAUCAGAAGAUUGCGGAAAUCAUUACAUUUUGCACAGGGUACCAAACACAAAGUUGCUCCAAAGAAAAUCACGCUGGAGAUGUUGAGUGAUGAAAAGUACAUACAUCUCCCUUUAUUUGAAGCAGAAAGAGCUUGGGGUUUUGCUAUGCAGCUUAAAUCUGAGUCCAACACAGAACCUAGAAAGAAGUUUCAUAUGAUUGCAAGAUUAAGGAAAGCUUUACAACACGCUAAUGAAUUAGUUAAAUUAUGUGAAAGUCCAAAAUGUGAUGCACGUACAAAAUUAGAGUCCCAGGCGUACAAUGCAUGGAUUCAAGGCAGUUUACACUUUGAAACAGAUAACUGGCAGAAUGCAAUAGAUUCAUUUAGUAAUGCUAAGACAAUAUAUGAAAAACUUGCUACAGCGUUUACAGAAGAUAUACAAGUUCUCUACCAGCAGAGAGUAGAAGAAAUAUCGCCCAAUAUUAGAUAUUGUGCUUAUAAAAUAGGAGAUGAAUCAGCUUUGAAAGAUUUACAAAAUAUGAGACUCAAAUCUGGUGAAGAUCAGUUGAUAUCAAAAUUAGAUGAUUUACUUCUUCAAACAAGAGAGAAACAAGCUUCUACACUGUCCGAGGUAGCAUGGCGUGGUCGUACUAUUCCAGUUAAAAUGGAAGGAGUUAGAAACUUUCUUCUAAAUCUUCAAGAAAGUACAACAGAGUUGAAAUCAGCUGAAGGUUCUGACAGUAAACUUUCUAUAUAUGAGUCAUUAUUUAAACAGUGUAUUGAUGCUCAACAAUUAUUACGUGAUGCUUUACAAGAAGAUCCAAUCUUUAAAGCUGUAAUUCGAGGGCAAUCUUUUGAUGGAAAAAUCAGCAAUCAACACUAUCUUCAUACUUACCUUACAUACAUCAAAUUAACAAAAACGAUAGAAAGAAAUUUGAUCUUGAUAGAAUGUGCAAAAGAAAAUUUACCAGGUGUACAAGUAGAUGAAUCAAAAAAGAUCACCAAACCUCAAGACAUGGUUAGGUUGUAUGAUAUAAUUAUUCAGAAUUUAAGUGAUAUACCUAAUUUACCUGGCUUAGAGGACGAUUCAGCUUUAGAAGAGGAAGUAAAUACUAGAGUUUUAGGCUAUAAAGCAUUUAGAACAUUUUAUAUAGGAAAAUCAUAUGCUAAUGGCAUGAAGUGGACAGAGGCAAUAGCAUUAUAUCAAAAAUCACUAGAUUAUACUAAACAGGCUUUACAAGGAUAUAAAAAACUAAAAGGACAAGAAAUUUUUAGAACCGAAGAGAGUAAAUUAAAUGAUUUAGUUAAGGAAGUAAAUGGAGUAGUAUUUUCAUGUCAUGCUUCUAGUAUUCUUAACGUAGCGGGUGAUUUAACAGAUCAACCUGUUCAUACACCUAGCUUACAGAAUGUGUGUUUAAGUGAUCGACUUGACCAAUACAGUGAAGAUAAAUCCAUUGCAGGGAAGAAACCAAAUCUUACCAAAUUUCCUCCAGACUUUCAACCUAUUCCUACUAGACCAUUAUUUUUUGAUUUAGCAUUAAACCAUUUAGAUCUACCAUCUAUAGAAGAUAAACUGGACCAGAAAAAGACAGCUGCUGGAGGAUCUGGAAUCACUGGUUUUGUUAAAGGCUGGUUAUGGGGUGGUGGUAAAAAAUAAGAUCAUGUUUAGUACCAUAACAAAUUUUAUGAAUUAUAGUCAUGUGAGCAACAAUUUUAACGCAAAAUAUGUGUGUAAAAUUGUCUGUAAAGCUACGGUAUGUAGAAUGUGUUUGUAUAUAAAAUGUCAGAAAUACAGCUGGGCUCUGGUUUCAGUCAAAUUUGCCCGCCUUGACUAAUUGGCAAGGAAAUUGUAUGUCAAUUUGCAUGUCGUAAGAUACAGUAUUUUGAAUUAUUUAUCAAUAAAACAUGAUAAAUACAAUAAUUUUGUUUUAGGUUUUUUUGAUGUAACAUCACAUGAAAAGUCAAGAAAUUGAUGUAGAUCUUGGAGGAGAAUAUUUUAAAUCAAAAUAUUUUUUGGCAGCAUUUGUCAAAUUCCUCAUUGUCAAUAUAUAGAUUCUUCAUAAAUUUGAGGAAUUUCUCUUUUAACUAUAGAUUUAAGGAAUGCUCUUUAGAGGGGUCAGAGAUAGUUACUUUUAGUACACAAGUUUUUCCUGUCCCUCUAUCCAUUUUGGAUAAAUGUUGUCCAUGAUUUGAUGAAUAAGAAAAUGACAAAUGGAAAUUAUAGAUAAUGGUUGUACUGGUAAUAUGUAUUGUUACCUUUUGUCACCGAGACAUCACUAUUUAUUGGUUAUAAAUCUUAAACUAUUUUAUUGUUAGAUACAAGGUGUAUUUGUUAUGUUAUUAUUGUUGAUCUACAGAUUUCUUUCAUCUAUACCAUUUAUGGAUUUACUUGUAAUUAUUUUAGGAAGAAUGAAAUAGGUAUAUUCUUUAAAAAACUCUUUAUAAUUUUGUACAGAUUUUUUCCCGGUCAUUUUAUUUGGCUAGUCAUAAUAAAAAAACUGUUCAAUUAAAAAUUCCCUUUGACAAUAAGUUAUUAUUACAUUACUGUUUGUAAAAUAACCCUUUAAUGGUUUAUUAAAGAAUUAUCAAUAUGCUAAGACAGUGGACAAAUGUGUUUCCAUUGAUCUUAAUACUACACUGAACUAAUAAUGACUGUUGAUUUGCAACUCUGAUUAUUUGUCCAUGAGACAAACUUAAUUUACAAACAUGACUAUCUUUCAAAUCAAUUGACUAGUUCUGUGUUUUAACAUCUGGUCACUAGUCCUUCAAAGUUAAGAUUUAUGUUCAGCAUACAUCUACUUUAAGAUUUUUCAGGGCUCCAGUAAUACUGCAUUUUACACAAUUAUUACAUUGUUGAAUAUCCUAGUUUUUAUUCUCUAUUUCAAUAAUGAGUCCCCUCUUUCAUUAACUAGAUACAUGUUUUAAUUGAUUUGAAUAUCAGUGUGAUACAAUGCAUAUGCUGAAUGUAUUCAAGAUAAGUUCCCAAGUUAGGGAGUAUUUGUAAAUGAAAUACCUAGUUCUAAUGAAAUUAUAUUUUACAAUAAUGAAGUUCGUUUUAUGAAAUAAUUCUUUGGUUCUGGUCUAUCUUAUUAUUUCUUUUUCAGUGUUACAAUGAACACAUCAGUUAUAAUAAUAAUGAUAAAAGAAA